AUGUCAUGUUUCAAGAUUCCGGUUGCUGUUCAUAAGACGUUCGAUGCCACCAGCAAGAAAUUCUUCUGGUCAAGUGGAAGCAAGAAUAUGAUCCCUAUGGUUUCCAAGAGCACUAUAUGCGAGUCAAAGAAGUUUGGAGGUCUUAACGUUAAACAAUCAACUUCAAUGAAUCAAGCUCUGCUUGCUAAGAAAGCUUGGGAGCUCCUCAUUUCACCUACUUCCUUAUGGAGAAGACUGAUGAAAAAUAAAUACUUCCCCAACUCAACAUUUAUCAAUGCUAGGUGUCCUGUAGCAACAUCUUGGGGAAUAGGUUGGAACUUUGCUCUCGUUGCCGAAGCUCUUAUUGCUAGGAAAGCUAUGUUGAUAGCUCUUUCUCUCAACUUCAAGAAGCUUAUAAUUGAAAGCAACAAUCUCCUACUGGUUCGUCUUUUAAGCGAUCUCUCAGAAGCUUCACCUUGGAGGAUAAGACCUAUUGUUGGUUUUAAAUGA